AACACCGACACUGACGACCAGCGAAGAGAAGCCCGCUGCUAUGGCACACCUAACCACACUGGGGUAUUGGUAAACUUACUUCGGACAACUUUAAAAUGUAAUACAUUCUUAGCCCUACUUAUUUACUGUCUUGUAUCUGACUGCUAUAAAGUACAGGCAACAGUUAACCACAAUUAACGGCGAGUGAACGGAAUACGAAAGCGGAAGAACUUUCCGUUAGCAUACUGCAGCAGUAGUUAGCUAAAGUAGUUAGCUUGACAAGUAGCUGACAUAACGUCGCACGGUAGCAGCUAGCAGGCUAGUCUGCUGCCUUUGCUGUCAUGCCUGGAGUUCCUCGAGAUUUCACUGCGUAAACGAGAAUGCCUAGCAGUUAGCUGGUUAGCUUUCAGACGUCCAGAAGCAGUUUGUACUACCGGCUAGGCGUAGGCAGGGCGGACUGGACUCGGAAACAGUGACAGGGCUGAACUAACCCACAGCUGAGAUUUGUGCUUUAGCCGGCUGGAGAUAGCUCACAUACACAUACGUCCUGGACUUCCUGAUGAGAUGAGAGGGGGCUUGCCAUACUGAGUUUAUCAGCGAAAUGGCCGUGGAGCUGUAACCCAGCCAAAGCUUUGAAAUAAGACAUCUCGACCCGGCCUACAAGGAGUGUCAACCUUUCUCUUUGCCAAAAAAGACCCCAUCCGUCAAGACUGCAGACAUGCUGACUGACAACAGGAAGCGACAUCGUAGUUGUGACAGUGAGGAAGACCAACAGCUGAGUCCUCAGGCCAAGAGGUCAGGAGGGGGUCCCAGCCUGCUUGUGUCAGAUUUGGACUCAGAGUCUUCCAGCAGUGACAGCAGUAAUGGGAUCAGUAGUCCAGAGAGAGCAAUAGUGGUCACUACCAGGCCAUGCAUACACAGCCAGAACAACUGCAUCAGCCAGUACUCCCUCAGUCCAAAGCUUGAAGACUCUGCCAGCUCCUUGCAGCAUGGUUUCCAUGGCAACGGCAGCAGUGUCUCCUACGACUACAUCAACAGAGUCCUGAGGGAGGCGCACUUCAGCAGUCUGCAGACCAGAGGGCGUCCAGGCUCGACAUGACUGUGACCUCUGACCCCCUCUCCUGACCUUUUGUCCUUCACCCAUCAGUGCAGACACUACUGGCACGGUGGCUCCUCCUUGAAAGGCUCAAGCGACACACUCGGGUCAGGGGGAAAGGGAUGAUGUGUGGGGAGGUUUACAGAUUUUGGGCACAAAGGCUCAUCCCCACCUCGCCAUGUACCAUUUGUCAAGACCAUAAGCACAUCCGCCUUUCCAUGGCCCAGCCACUGUGGUUUUCUGUGCAGUAUUGAUGUGUAUGUGUGUUAGUGUGUGUGUGUGCACGCACCCUGUGCACUUUAUAAAGAGGUAUCAUUCUCUUUACAUGCGUGCAUUGAUGUGUGGACAUUUUCAUUGGUGCUAAUCACAAGAAAAGUGUGAUGAUGAUCCAAAGUGCUUGCAAGACUAAAUAAAGCUAAGCACUUUACUCAGUAACUCCUCAUUCUGUUUACUCUUGACUGGGGAAGUCAGUCGUGCAUUUUUAUCAGUGAAGUGGGAGUUGUCGUGAUCCCAUUCACAAAGUAAGUUGAAGGAAGCCAACAGAUUGACUCCCAGGGAGCAUUAUUAAAACAAUCGAGUUAAAAACAUUUUUAGACCUUAUGUGUUUUCUCUAACCAAAGUAAUAAAGUUAGAGUAACUUGUAUUUUGCAGUUACUUUCACUAUUUAAAUGACUGUAGAACAUUUAGGUGUGGCAGGUCAGUAGGUUCAAGGUAAUGGAACAGAGAUUCUUCAUGAGCCUCACCACCAAAAUGCAACCUCAGAUUGGACCCUGGCUAAUUAUAGAGCUGAGGGCAGGCACUGGAGUCUGCGGCUCUGGCAGCAGUAUGCUCAGCACAGUGCGUCUAACAAAAACAAGCUCUUAAGAAAAGGCUCUCGAAAAUAAUUUAGAACCAGGUGUUUACUUCUUUAACAUUUAACACAUCAUGUGUAUGAGUGUGUCAUAAGCCUAUCAGCCAUACUUGUUUAUGGAUGGUUUAAUAUGACCAGUACACUGUGUUGCAAAUAAAAUAAGAGGUGUGAAAGUGA